UUUAAAAUUAUUUAAUAUUGAUUAAAUUUUAUCGAAAAUAUUUAUUCACGAUCAUUGUAAUCCAAUGCUUUACACAGCACUUGAAUAAGCAAGUACUUUAGAUUGAAGUUAAAAAUGGCGACCUACACUUGCCGCUUCAUUCUUGGAUGCGAUUAAACAGAAGAUUUAUCGAAACAUGAGGAAAAUAUCCAUUACUAGGUGACAACAAUUGCGUGGCCAAUUUUUAAAGAUGAUUGGCCGACGCUGUGCUCUCAUCGCUUUGGGCGGUCUUUUGAUUCUUGUCCUUAGCGUCAAUUUAUAUUUUAUUCGAAUGAUCGUUGAGAGCUCGUCGCAAAAAACUUCUAAAGGCAUGCCUACUUCACAAUUGAAACCAGAACAAGAACAGUUAAUAUUUCAAGCAGAACAAAAUUUACAAGCUUCACGAAAAUCGGUUGCGAAAGAUAUGAUAAAAAAAAUUAAAGAAGAAAUACAAAUAUUACCAUCAAGAUAUUUUAAACAAAAUACUAGCUAUACAGUAGUAAUGGAAAGAUUGUUAACUGAAUUAAAGAUAAUGCCUAACGUUCAAAAAAAUAUAUGGAGUAUUCCUAAUAGUAAUUGGCCUGAUGCACAUCAGUUAAUACCACCAGUUGCACCCGAAUUAGGAACAAUUCUGGAUAUUUUGCGUAAAUCAAAAGUGAUACGCGCGGAUAACGCACCACUUGGUACGCAAUUGAAAUUGAUGUUAACUUUGGAACAUGGAACGAAAGCGAUGUUUAAGCCUCAGUGGUAUUCUAGGGACGCUAUUAUUCGAGGACCUGUUUAUCACGGAAAAGAUCGACAUAAUGCCGAAGUAGUAGCAUUCCAUUUAUCUUCCUUAUUGGCCUUACGAAGAGUACCGCUUACAGUUAUUAGAAAAUUUGAUUUAAGGAAUGAAAUUCGGCCAUAUGCAACUCCUGAACUUUAUGCUACUAUAUAUCAAGAUGGUAAUGAUACUUGUCUUUAUGGUGUUUGCCAUUAUUGCUCUCCUGCAGAUCCAGUGUGUGGAGUAGGGGAUAUUUUAGAAGGUGCUUUAAUUUCCUGGUUGCCUCGAUAUUUAAAACUUGUAAAACAUCGUCAUCCAUGGCAAAGAACUUAUAAAAAAAACAAACUUGCAACAUGGGAAACCGAUGAUAACUAUUGUGAAAAAGUGAAAGAUUCUAAGGCAUAUUCUCCACAAACAUCGAGUAGACUUUUAGAUUUAGUAGAUACUGCGAUCUUUGAUUUUUUGAUGGAUAAUGGUGAUCGCCAUCAUUACGAAUUAGCACAGAAUAAUUUUCAUAAUCCAGCUGUAUUGUUAAUUGAUAACGGGAAAAGUCUUGGAAACCCUGAUAUAGAUCAUUUUGAUAUUUUAGCACCUCUAUAUCAGUGUUGUAUGAUUCAUAAAACUACUUGGGAUCGUUUAAAAUUAUUUAGUGGUGGCACUUUGAGCAUAGCGCUUUCAAAACUAGUCGCUCAUGAAUCAAUAAUGGCUGAUGUUCAACCCCUUAUUACCGAGGUCCAUUUAAGUGCUAUGGAUAGAAGAUUACUUACUAUUUAUGCAGUUGUAGAAUAUUGUUUAAAAAAUAAGAAAUAUGCUUCCAAUGUUAUUUUAGAUCAUCGGUAGCCUAUACUUUGUGCAAUAUUCAUUGCAAUUCACUUUUAAUGUUUGAAAUAUUAGAGACAUAUUUAUAUUUUAAAUGAUAUUUGAACCAUAUUUUUUUAAUAUUACGAUGAAUUAUAUUUAAUAUUUAAUGAAAUCUUGUUUAAAAUUGUUUCUAUUUACUGUAA